AAAUAUGUCAACCAAGGAGGUAUUCCGCGCCUUUGCGACAGAUAGGCAUUUUCUGAUAACUUAUUCUAACGUUGAUUCAUAGUUUAAAACCAGUAGUUUAAGAGUUGGUUAAUCGUUUCUUGCAUUAAGGUCGUCACAGAGCGACAUCCAGACACAGGCAUGUCACUGCUGUCAAUGGUUGAGCAAGCUAUCAAGUCAUGCAGAGCUGAACAGGCCAAGAUUAAUGGCAGUAUUCAACUCUACAGAGAAACAUUACAGGCCCUAACACCACAACUAAACACAGGCUCCGAGGAGACAGACUGUGCAGAAGCUGCUGCUACAGAUGCUUCACCAGGAGAGAAAGAAGAUAUAGAAUUGCUUGAGCAAGCCCUGGAGAAAGCCCUUCGGGUCCGCACUGGCACAGGACCUUCUAAAAAAGACAUAAACAAACAAUCUGCACCUCGAAAGGAACCUAGCACUACAAUUGUCACAUCCAAAGAGGGAAACCAGGUAUCUGCAGCUUCUAAAGGAAAUCAGACCACCACCAGAUCUACCUUAAAAUCUGCCAGUCUAGGCAGAAAAGAGCACAAAAAGCCUGCUGGGAUUGUGCAUCACCAGGCAGCAAGAAAAUCACAGCAAACAGUCUCAGCGUCCGGCGCUCUUGAUCCGGGUCAGUUACACACCUCAACCCUCCACUCGAAAAACAAGACUAUUAGAAGCAACGUGCUGAGUGGCAAUGACCUUGUCAAAGCUGCAGCAAUCUCCACACCUUCUUCAAAUAGCACAGUGCCUGUAUCACAUACAGAGGAGUGUGGAGCUCACAGUUUACCUCGACAGAACGGGAUAGCUUCUGAUCAGACAGCGAAAUGGAAAUCUCUUCGGAGCAAGCAGAACAGGUUAUGGGACAAAGUUGUUGCCCUACAAAGGAAGCCUGCGCCUGGGAGGAGUCACUUCAUGGAGAGAAUGAGAGCUAUGUUCCCCAAGGAUUGGCCCUCGUGUGGUAGCCCAGACCAGACGAGGGCUCUGGUCGACAGACUGACUCACCGAGAGCAUGACCUUCCCCAGCACUGCCAGACAGAGGAGCUUCUGGCCAAACAGACCCCAGAAGCAGACGCAGAGAUGGGUGGUAAGGAAAAGUAUGACUCCUGUCUGACAGGUGAAAGUUUGCCGAUGACAGCAGCAGAGCUCCAGAACUUUGCAGAGCAAGUGAAACAAGAGUGGGAAGCAUGGGAUCGAUGGAGGCCGGAGGGAGGUUGUCUUUGCCCCACUGGGGCAAAUGGUGUGUGGGGCGAUGGGAUGAUUGUACCCCUGCCCCCGACUGUAACCUACACAACAGAGGCAGAGCUCCGAGAGCUGGAGAAUCUGAGGAUGAGGGUGGCACUGCUGCAGCAGGACAUAUACCUAGAGCAGGCUCUGUUGGAGAAGCUGUUCCCCCAGCUUUCGUCUGUCGUACCUGGGCCUGGAUGUCCAAACAUCACUGUGCUGAGAGAUGUGUACUCCCUGCUGGGGGAAGGAGGGGAGCGUUUCCCUGCCAUAGUCCAGGAUUCUGAGCCUGACUGACAGAGCAUUUUACACCAACUUACCAGUUUAUAAAGUACUCUGUCCACCCCCAUUCUCACACACAAGAGAAACACAAUGCAAUCCAGGGCAACACCAGUUGAAUCAUAACCCUCUGACACUGUCAAGUGUAUUAUAAAACUCAAAUGUAAAUAAUAUUGGAUUGACUGAGCUGGUGUACCUAAUAACUAAGUAACUUAACGUAUAUAAUCCUUGAAUCAAGAAUCGAGAUGAUUAUUAUAUGUUUAUUUUUAGAGUGCUGUGACUGUAUUUAUUCAGUGUCUGAUGCCAUGUAAUGUAUGAUGUAAAAAACAAGAUAGUGAUUGUUUAUCAUUUUUCUUGAAUGUUGUUAAUAAAUGUGAAGUGCUGUAGUUA